UGGGCCUCCUGCCGGGGAGUCCACCUCACGGUCAAGUCGCUGGGCUGUGGCUGUCGCCUCUUCCUGCGGCACCAGGCUCCGCCCGGCCUCAAAGUCGACUUAAGUGCUCCUCUAUGCACUCCGGUUUGGUGGAAACACCCUCCUCACGGCGGUGUGGACGUUGGCCUGCAGGAGAAGAUGCACUUUCUGGACUUCUGCCAGGCAGAAGGAAGUCAUUAUGCAACUAACACAUUUUCAUCAGAUUUCCUCUGAUUUACCUUAAGUAUAUGUGGGAAUGAUGUGCACUGCCAAGAAAUGUGGAAUUAGGUUCCAGCCUCCAGCUAUUAUCUUAAUCUAUGAGAAUGAAAUCAAGGGAAAAAAUCGCCAGCGCAUCAUGCCAGUCCGAAACUUUUCAAAGUUUUCAGAUUGCACCAGAGCUGCUGGACAAUUAAAGAAUAAUCCACGACAUAAGACUUACCUGGAACAAGUAUCCCUGAAGCAGCUAGAGAAAUUAUUCAGUUUUUUACAAGGUUACUUGCGGGGACAGAGUUUAGCAGAAACGAUGGAACAAAUUCAACGGGAAACAACCAUUGAUCCUGAGGAAGACCUGAACAAACUAGAUGACAAGGAUCUUGCCAAAAGGAAGAGCAUCAUGGAUGAACUUUUUGAGAAAAAUCGGAAGAAGAAGGAUGACCCAAAUUUUGUUUAUGACAUUGAGGUUGAGUUCCCACAAGAUGAACAACUGCAGUCCUGUGGCUGGGACACAGAGUCACCUGAUGAAUUCUGAUACCGAAUACUCAAAAAAUGUAUUGGGCUAGCAGAAUAUCCAUGUUUAUACAAACAUAGAUUGGUUCUAGAAGAAGCUGUACAGAACACUAAAUGUAUAUGUUGGGUCAUAAUUGGGUUGACCAUGUUAUUUUUCAAAACCAGGAUAUGUAGGUACAUGAGGAACGUAGAAAUCUGCCUUCAAGGAGCUUGUAAUCUAAUUGGAAUAUAAGUCAAAACCUUGUCUUUUUUUUUUUUAAAAGAUGACC